AUGGCCGCUGGCAUGAUGGUACCUACUAGUAUCAGCCUGUAGGAGGCUGUGUUGCAGGAACGUUGGCAGCCCAGAAACGAGUUGGGAGGACAAAGACAAGUGGUAUACAGGAAGCAGCCUCGCGCAAGGUGCCAGAGAAGAAGACCUCUUGGGUUUGUGGCACACCGGUACGCAUCACUACCAGAACUCCAAAGUUUGCGCUUACAGUUGCACAGAGGCUGAAAAGGGGAGCCUGACUGGAUCAAGAACUAUCCCCUUUGGAAACAAGAAGAAGCCACAAUGGAGGAGGACGGCAUCAUUGACAAGAUUGGGGAGUUCGUGGAGAAAGGGUUUAUGGGCUUUUUGGAGAAUUACAAGGAGGACAUUGAGGGCCAGACUGAGGAUGAGCGCGCGGCGCUGCAGCCCAUUUACCUGGCCCAAAUUGACACCAUGGUAGUCCACGACAAGACCACCAUCUUUGUCAACUUUGAGCACCUGCUGGAUCACGACGACCAGCUGGCGACGACCAUAAAGGAGGAUCUCUACCGAUACGACCCUUUCCUGCGGAAGGCGUUACAACGUGUCACCCGCAUCAAGCAUGUUGACUAUGUGGUCGGCGAUGACAUCACCCGCGAGUUCUAUGUGGCGUUCUGGGGCCUUCCGUCUGUGCAGAAGCUGCGCGACCUGAAGCCGGACCAGUGGGUCGGCAAGCUCGCGUCCGUGAGCGGGACAGUCACGCGGACGUCCGAGGUGCGGCCGGAGCUGCUGUACGGCACGUUCCAGUGCAUGGAGUGCGGGAAGAUUGCCAGGGACGUCGAGCAGCAGUUCAAGUAUACACAGCCCGCCAUCUGCGCGGAGGCGACAUGCGCAAACCGCGAGAAGUGGACACUCGUUCGGCAGGAGUGCAAGUUCGUGGAUUGGCAGCGGGUGCGCAUGCAGGAGUCUGCCGAGGAGGUGCCAGCUGGCAGCCUCCCGCGUACACUCGAUGUCAUCCUGCGGCACGAGAUUGUGGAGCAGGCGAGGGCCGGAGACAAGGUCGUCUUCACGGGUUGCGUGGUCGUCGUUCCCGACGUGGGCGCCCUCCGUGCCCCGGGGGACCGCACCGAGGCCGUCAAGUCGAGCAAGGGAGAUAGGGCCGGCACGCAGACGGAGGGGGGCGUGCGUGGCUUGAAGGCUCUCGGGGCGCGAGACCUGACCUACAAGAUGUGCUUCAUUGCCAGCUCGGUGCAGAUGGCGGACCUGAAGUACGGUCUGGUCAACAUCCGGGCGGACGAGGAAGACCUCGAUGCUGCAGACAACCAGUUCACACAAGAGGAGAAGGAGGGCAUCUACCGCAUGCGCGGGCAGGAGCGGUUCAUGGACAAGCUGGUGUCGAGCAUCGCGCCCGCCGUGUUCGGCCACCGCGACAUUAAGAAGGCGAUCCUGCUGAUGCUGUUCGGGGGGGUGCACAAGUCGACGCCGGAGGGGAUCAAACUGAGGGGCGACAUCAACAUUUGCAUCGUGGGGGAUCCCAGCUGCGCCAAGAGCCAGUUCCUCAAGUACGUUGCCGGCUUCCUCCCUCGCGCCGUCUACACCUCCGGCAAGUCGUCCUCCGCGGCGGGUCUGACCGCGUCGGUGGCCAAAGAGCCGGAGACGGGCGAGUUCUGCAUCGAGGCGGGCGCGCUCAUGCUCGCGGACAACGGCAUCUGCUGCAUCGACGAGUUCGACAAGAUGGACGUCAAGGACCAGGUCGCGAUCCACGAGGCCAUGGAGCAGCAGACAAUCUCGAUCGCCAAGGCGGGCAUUCAGGCGUCUCUGAACGCGCGCACAUCCAUCCUGGCCGCGGCCAACCCCGCGGGGGGCAGAUAUGAUAAAUCGAAGCCGCUCAAGUACAACGUGAACCUCCCCCCCGCAAUCCUGUCCCGUUUCGAUCUGGUCCACGUCAUGAUCGACGAGGCGGACGAGAACGCGGACGCGGCGAUUGCGCGCCACAUUGUACGCGUGCACCAGUACCGCGACGCAGCGAUCGAGCCCGACUUCUCCACGCUCGACCUGCAGCGAUACAUCAAGUACGCGCGCACCAUGAAGCCGCGGAUCACCGAGGAGGCCGCCAAGUGCCUCCAAGAAACGUACGUGCAGCUGCGGCGCGGCGAUGCGGCCCCGGGUUCCCGGGUGGCUUACCGAAUCACGGUGCGACAGCUGGAGGCCAUGGUGCGCCUGUCGGAGGCGCUCGCGCGGUCGCAGCUCAGCCACACCAUCACCAAGCGACACGUGGACGAAGCUGGGAGGCUGCUCAGCACGUCGAUUGUGCACGUCGAUGCCGCAGACGUUCAGAUCGACGACGAUCUUUUCGAAGAAGAAGAGGAGCUCCGGGGGGGCCCGGGCGGCGAUGACGACAACAAUGACGACGAUGACGACAACGAUGACGUCGGCAGGAGGGCCCCGCCCCCGGAGUCGGACGGCCCCGCGUCCCCGCCUGCGUCAGCAAACGGCGGGGCGCCGUCCGGUAACGGCUUCACGCCCAGCGGUGACGGCACGCCGGCGUCAGACGGGCGGGCAACCCGCAGCGCGAGCAAGAGGAAACGGGAAGACCAGCCCUCUCCCGUCAAGUCCGAGCCCGCUGAUGCUCCCGCUGACGUCACGCCCCUGGCCGCCGCCGCCGGGACGCCCGUCAAGCGCGAGCCCGAGGACGCCAACGUCAAGCCUGACGUCAAGCCGGGCGAGGCGCGCCAGGCGAAGAAGGCGAAGCGGGGCCCGGUCCCCGUGGUAUCGGUGUCGCAAGACAAGAUCGAUGCGGUGACGAAUAUGCUCGUGUACAGACUGCGGCUGCAAGAGAAGGAGGCGGGAGACGGCACGGACGCGGUCGGCAUGAAGCAGAAGGACCUGCUGUCGUGGUAUCUGACGGAGCAGAACGAGAAGAACGCGUACCCCACAGUCGCGGAGCUCCACAAAGACGUGCGGACCGUCAAGCUCAUCAUACAGCACCUGAUCCGUCGGGAGGGCACGCUCGUUGAGCUCGAGGACGGCAAGGCCGCCGUCGAAGAGUCGAAGGCCGCGCUUACGGCUUGGGAGGAAGCGCGCGACGCGGCGGAGAAAGAAGGAAAAGAUUCGCAGGACUUGCCGGCAAAACCGGAGUUGUUGAUUGCGGCCGAUGAGCGAGUACUCAUGGUGAACCCAAAUUACGCCCUGGAGUAAAACAAGCACUCCGAGUUGGUUUCAUCUGUUGUGGAGAUUGAACAAUGGACGGAGGGACUGAGUAUGCCUUUGAGUUGCUCGAAGUUUAUGUAAGUUGUAGAGUUGGUACACACUGAAAGGUCCUGGAUGCAAUUCCGGACAAGUUGGUCAUUUUAAAUACAAAGCUCUUCCGAUGGCGAUCCACGAGACUAGCAACGUUGGACCUGAAGACUUGACUUAGGCGUUGUGAUCUAAUCUGAUCCAGCACUUUCAAGAGACCGCUACACUCAUAAAUCUUGUAAAUCAGUCAUCGUUGUUAUCAGAGCCCUUAGCUCCUAUCUCUGGCAGAGCCGAG